ACCGGAUGUAGAAUUAUAUCCUGUUGGCUGGGUAGUUUGAUAAUGAGCAAGUAACGAAUGUAAAGUUGCAUUGAAACUUGUGUGUUAAUUUUUUUUUUGAAUUAUUCUUUGAUCCCAAAAAUAAUCGGGAAUAUCAAGAGUAAACAUUUCAUACCCGACUACUGUCUAGUUGUCGUUAGCAAGCUAGCUAAUGUUAAGUAGCUAGCAAACCAUAAUCACACAAGUUCAAACGGGGCAAUUUACUGUAGCUAGCUAGCUGGUAGCGUUAACAAAAUAGCAGCUAGGCGUAGGUCUCGCCAGCAGCUAUAUAUGUUUAUUACAUUGCCCUGUGUCUUGCUAGGUAAUUCAGGUAACUAGCUAUAUUAAUAAGAAUUAACCGGCGAUUCACCUCCAGAGUGGAUCAGGUGCAGUCAUCCACAGGAUGGAUAACAGUGGCAAGCCGUCAACAGCACAAGUUGUGCUCCUGGCAACCAGCUCAGCUUUAACUGCAGUUUUUUAUGCAAUAUACAGGAGGAAAUCAGCCACUGCAACCAGGUUAAAGGAAGCCAGAAAAAUCCCAAUUGAUCAGGAUCUUAAAAGUGUGCUGAUGGAAUCACCAGGACACUGUAUCCCAUACGCAGUAAUUGAAGGGGUUGUGAGAUCUGUGAAAGAUUCUCUGAAUAGUCAGUUUGUGGACAACUGUAAAGGGGUCAUUGAAAGACUGACCCUCCGGGAACAGAAGAUGGUGUGGAAUCGCACUACUCAUAUCUGGAACGACUGCGAGAAGAUAAUCCACCAGCGCACGAACACGGUGCCUUUCGACGUGGCCUCGCACGACGAGGGCGUGGCCACCGCCGUGCGGGUCGUCCGGCCGCUGGACGCGGCCGAGCUGGACCUGGAGACCACCUACGAGAACUUCCACCCGGUGGCGCAGUCCCUCACCGACGUCAUCGGGCACUUCAUCAGCGGCGAGCGGCCCAAGGGCGUCAAGGAGACGGAGGAGAUGCUGCGGCUGGGGGCCGACGUGACGGGGGUGGGCGAGCUGGUGCUGGACGGCGGCCUGGCGCGGCUGCAGCCUCCCCGGCAGGGCCUGCCGUACUUCCUCAGCAUGCUGGACCACGAGGCGCUGGUGCGCCGGCAGCAGGCCCGCGUGCGGCUCUGGCGGCUGCUGACGGCGGCGUUCGGCGCGGCCGCCUGCGUGGCGCUCUUCCUGGUGCUGCGCCGGCGGUACGCGCGCUACCGCGAGCGGCGGCGGCUGCGCGCCGAGCGGGACGAGUUCCGGGCGCGGCAGCGGGAGAGGCUGCGCGAGCUGAGGCCCGGCGAGGACGGCGAGGACGCCGCGGUCUCGCCCAGCGCCUGCGUGGUCUGCCUCGGCCGCGAGCGCUCCUGCGUCUUCCUGGAGUGCGGCCACGUCUGCGCCUGCGACGAGUGCCACCGCGCCCUGCCCGAGCCCAAAAAGUGCCCGCUCUGCCGGGGCGCCAUCGAGCGAGUCGUCCCGCUCUACAACAGCUAGCGGAGGGGGGGGAGGCGAGGGCGGGCUUACAAAGCAGGAUUAUGGAGUCAGCUGGAUAACUGUGCCAAGUCAAACCUGGAACAGCUCUUUUUUUCAUUUUUUACUUCAGUUCGUGUUCCAGAUUUGGGGAGGGUUUCCGGGUUUUACUCGGUGCAGUUAUCCAGCUAACUCAGUAAUCCUGUUUCGUUAAAACAGGGCCCAGGUGUCCCCUUCGGAGUCAACACCUUUCUUUUCCGAUGGGAAAACUUAUUUUUGGGAUAGGGCUGAGACUCAAAGCCGGGUUUCUCUUAUGCCACUUAUUGGGAAGACGUUAAAUGCCACAGACACUUACUGGAAAGGUGUUAAUCUGCUACUGAUUUGGUUGCGUGGAGCAGACGUAGUCUGUACUGUUGGGGGAGGGGCAUUCGCAGUGCAUUUGUCAGAUGAAAUAAUUCCUGUUUGAAGUGGCAUUCAAAUCAUGGAAGACUGUUUACGUUCUGUUGGAAAGGUUUCUGAAAUAAAUAUACCAAAACGAAAGGCUUGAUGGCACUGAAAGGACAGCGUUUUGUGUGGAACAUGUUCAGUGUAGGUCUGUGAGGAUGUGGAUUGUGUUUUUGGAGUCAUUGCUGUUGUAAAGAAAUCACAUUUCAGUGAUGCCACUAGUAAAUGGAGGGCUGAAGGUCAUUUAGACACACGUGGAAUGCUAAUCAAUACUUGCAAAAGUGUUAAUUAUGCUCUCAUUUUUCAUGUUACACUGCACAAAACACAAUGUACUCAUCUGUCCACACUAUUGCAACAGCCUUGGUGGUGUUUUCAACAUCACUGUGGAGCAAUAUUGUCUUGUGGGUUUUACAUAUCCAUGGAGAUGAAAUUGUUUUUGUCAAAUGUAUGGUUAAUUCAAUAAGGCAACAUUUGGUGCUUGAGUAAUGACCUUGUGGUUUCUAAGGGUUCUAAUAAAGUUUCUCCUGGGUA